AAAAGUUAUCUGUUAUCUAAGUGUUUUAAUUUUAUACUUUGUGAUAAUUACAUGACACCACUUGAGUGAAGACUGCAGAUAUGAGCCCAGAGGAGGAGCCAGAGUAUCAGACACCACCCACCUGCGAUCUGCUCAGCCUUCUGCUGAAGAACAGACGCCCCACUGGAGCUGUCAAUGAGGUUUGGCCCAACCUCUACAUCGGAAACGCGGCUACAGCUCAGGAUAAAACCCUGUUAGUGAAUCUGGGAAUAACACAUGUGGUGAAUGCUGCAGAUGGCCCCCAGCGCAUUAAUACUGGACCACAUUUCUACAAAGACACCAACAUACUGUAUCAUGGCGUAGAAGCACCAGACUGUAAACAUUUUGACUUGAGCCCAUUCUUCACUGAGACGGCUGAUUUCAUCCACAGUGCUCUGAAUCAGAAAGGUAAAGUGCUCGUACACUGUGCACGAGGAAUCAGCCGCUCAGCAACUCUCGUGCUGGCCUUCCUCAUGAUCAAAGAAAGACGAACCCUUGUGGAUGCUCUUGAGGCUGUUCGUAAACACAGAAACAUUCUCCCAAAUGUUGGAUUUUUGAACCAACUCUGUAUUCUGGACUCAUUCUUGGCCCUACAGAGGAGGACGACGCUCCAGAAGAUGCAGAACAUCCUUAACGGGUGUUCCAAUAAAUCAUGUGUGAAAGGAAGCCACAGUGAGAAAAUGGCUUCUCACAAGUCAAAGACUGGCACCAAGAUAAAUGUUACAAAGGCAGUGGAGGAAUCCAGUCCAGUGGAGGAAUAUGUCACACCUGGGGGCUAUGAGCUGGAGAAAAUCCUCAACCGUGGGAGUGUGGCUUACACCCAUGUCAACGAGGUCUGGCCUAACACCUACAUCGGGGACGAGGAGACUGCAAAGGACAAACAUAAUCUGAAGAGGUUGGGGAUUACUCACAUCUUGAAUGCAGCAGAAGGGACAUGGAAUAACGUGGACACCGGAGCUGGUUACUAUAGUGACAUGGACAUCGUCUAUUAUGGUGUGGUAGCAGAGGACGUUCAGACGUUUGACCUCAGCCAGUAUUUUGUCUCUGCUUCCCGGUUUAUUGAAGAAACACUAAGCAACCCUCAGAAUAAACUGCUGGUGCAUUGUGUGAUGGGAAGGAGUCGGUCUGCCACGCUUUUCCUCGCCUACCUCAUGAUCUGUGAGAACAUGACAGUGGUCGACGCCAUCGAGCACGUGAAAAAACGCAGGCGGAUCAUCCCCAACUGGGGCUUCCUGAAACAGCUGAGAGAUUUGGACAUGGAGCUCCAGGAGAAAAGAAACAACGCUACAGAGCAAAGCUGAUUAUAAGACUUAAUGGGCAAGUUGACUCAGGUCAAGCCUCAAGUCAUUCAAGACAAGUUCAAUUCAGGUUAUACUGUAGGUUAUUAG